GAUGAGUUUUGGUACACCCGAUAAAAGGACACUAGAGAAGUAAAAGAAGCUUUUGAUAAAGAAAAUAAUGGGCUGGAUAAGGCAAUGCUUCAAUGAUCGCUAAAUUGGAUUUCAUCCUUUCAUAUUAUGUGUUUCAAUAAAGCCAAGCGUUAAUUAAAGAUGUGCAACAAUUCAAAGUUAUCCAAAUUAGGAGCUGUGGAAGAGCUUACAUUCACUUUAAGAUCAAGAAUUACUAUCAUAGAUUAUCUAGGAGGUAUCUGAAAAUACAUUUAAACUUAAAGACAAAUAUGAUAAUUCUUUAAUCUAAUAGUUUUUAAUUAGAAUAAAGAAUAACUUUGAUUUUUGUAAGUUCUAUAAAGAGACUCAAGAGUAAGGUUUUGAUUAAGAUGAGCAUGCUUCAGAAUUUACGGAAUUAAAUUAUACUAAUUAAAAAACAAAAUAAUUCUAGAAAAAUGAAAGCGAGUCCAAAUAAUUGCUCAAAUAAAUCGAAUUAUGUAAUACAAAAUAGGGUUCAAUAAUAUCUAUUGAAAAGUAACAUUACCAUAAACUUUUCUAAUUAUUUGAAAAAAUAUGCUCAGUGCCAGAGGAAAAUUAUUCUACCGAGAUGAGAAAGUUCAGGAAUUAAUUAUCCUUGCUUUUAGAAUCUACUCAAAACCCAUAAGAAAAGUAAGUGUGUAUAAAAAAUGAUUUUUAAACUGAAAAAGUAGCUAUGCUUAUUUAAAAUAGAGAAACAUAUGGCAUCGAAUAAUAUCAUCUAUUAUAAGAUAUAAAAUAAGAAGUUCUAUCAACAAUGCCCGAAAUUGUAUUAUUCCUCCCAAGUGAAUAAAAUAAUCAAAGAAUCAAAAAAGAUGAACUCUAUAAAAUCGAGGAAGAAUUCUUUCAAGAAUUGUACUUUUACAAGACUAUUGAUGCUUAAGUUUUAACGCCAUAUAAUAUCACUUAUUUUUGGAAACAUUACUUUUAGCCAAAGAUUGAACAUGUAUGUUCUUAAUGGCAAUAAGUAAAAAUUGAAUGA